AUGAUGCUCCAGACGCCGAGCGAGAUCUCAUUGACACCAAGGGUUCCUACUAACGAUGAGAUCCUACAUCGACUCCCUGCAACUCCUGAAAAUGUUGGCCGAGUUAUGCAUUCUGACGCCACCACCUUCUGGCCCCAGAUGCAGCAAAUCGGGCUGCUGGAUGAGAUCGUAGACACGAUGCUGUCGGAGCUGGAUACGAUCCGGAACGAGACCCGAGUUCACAAUAUUACUCCAAGAGUCUGUGCAACCCUCUCCCGUCUCUGCUCCUCCCUUGACCUCACUCCGAUCGUCGCAGCAAAGUUGCGAAGUCGUCCUCCCCCGCCUCCUCCACCGCCACAGCCGAUGUUCCAGGCUCUUCCGACUUCCGACCUGGUAAGUGGUGAGCGAAAACGAAGCCUGGAUGAAGCCCUUUUGUCCCGACAGCUUGGAGCCGCCGGGAUGAUGCCUGAGCUGAAGAAGCCGAGGGCACAGUACCCGCAGAUGGUUCAGUCGCCGCUGAUCGAGGCGCUUUUGAAGGUCCAAACCACCUACCAAAUGCACCAGACGCCGUUCGCCAACAUGGACCUAUUGCUGAAGUUCGCCUCCCAGCCCCCGGCGAUGAACAUGGGCGACGCUGCCGGGCUGCCAAUUGCAUCACUUUUCAUGGUG